UGGUGCGGGAACUUUAGCUUGGUCUGAGGGGUUACCAUCUGUCACUCUGGGACUUGGCAGUAGCUGAGCUCAGGUGUGGGACAUGAUAGAUAGUUCGCGGCCGAAGCAGCUGUGAGCGUGUGCCUACGACUGCAGGCGAGUUACGAUAACUGGUGGGCCGGUAUUAGGAGCCAGUGAAGCCUGCAACCAUCACCCCAACAAGGGAGGGAGAUUUUGGUAGCAAAGGUUAUUGCUGCCGCUUCGGGAACGUUUGUAAUGUCGUAAAGUCGCAACGUUCUAUAAUUGGAAUGCUGGAAAGUCGCAACAUUUUAACAUUAGAACCUUGCAAAAUGGACUAUUGGGACAGUGCUAUGAGGCGGGAAGAAAUUGACCCGCGGGCGCUUUCCAAUAAGUGGGCGAGACGGCCGUGUAACCACAUCCCACAUUCACUCUCAGAUUGCCUUAAACAUAACCGAUCCGGGGCUUCUUCAACUUUGGAAACGCUUUUGACAAAUCGCAUUAAUUAUCACCAGCACUUUCGUCCGAACUGAAUUUGUUUCCUAUUCUCGAGGGAGAUUUGUUGUGAACAAACGUCUAAUGUCUGACCGACUUGUUGGAACAUGCAUCUCACACAGCUGAGCAAUGGUAAAAGAUGGCCCAAUUGCUGCUUGGGGAAGCAGCCACCGUCGGCACUGCCGAUGUGUACUUAGUAGACAACAGACUGAAUUUAGACGUGUUUCCAAAUAGCACCAGCCAUUUUUCUGUACUUUACAAAACACGCAGAGAGGAGGUGCAACAGAUUGAGUUUCUACGACUAAACUGCAAUGAGGAGCAAAUUGGUUCAUCACUCGCCAUCAUCCCUGAACUAAGAAGGCUGAAAUCACUUGUACUUAAAGGUGGUCAUCUCAAGGAUGAAUAUGGUGUGUGCCAGCGUGGUCUGGUGGCAACUUUGCCUAUGGAGUUCAAACAUCUCCAGCACUUGACCCAUUUGGAUGUGAGCUUCAACAGCUUUACUUCUUUACCUGAAUGUGUGACCGAGUUGAAGGAGCUAACCGUGCUUCAGCUGUGCCAUAACCAACUAGCUGCACUGCCCGAAAGCAUUGGCAAGCUGGUAAAACUGACCGAUCUUUUACUGAUGAAAAACCAGCUGAGAGAGUUACCUGGAAGCAUCGGUGAACUUGCAGCACUUCAGACAGCAGAUAUAUCUGAAAAUGAACUGGAACGGCUCCCUGACGAGAUAGGAAACCUCUCCAGUUGUACACAGUUAGACCUUUCGGGCAAUAGACUAACAACUGUACCAUCAUCACUUGCAAACCUGACGUCUCUUAGGGAAUUGCAUCUCCACAGCAAUCAUCUUGUAACUAUCCCAGCAUCCCUUGCUCGCCUUCCCAGCUUGUCUAGACUUGACCUGCAGAAUAACAGCCUGCGUUCCGUCCCUCCAGAGAUCCAGAAUUUCCCCUUUGUGCAUUUGAAGGGCAAUCCGAUAGGGCGGCCAGAGAGCCCUAAAGAACAAGACUGCACCAAACCCAAAGAAAUCCUGGUCCAAUACCUUGCAUCCGACGCAGACAGCUUCACUGUGACCGCUGAAGGCUGCAAUAUUGUGUUGCCCUGCGGGAUUGAAAUCCACUUCCCACCUGAAGCGGUUUCCUUGGCGGUGAUUACAUGUAGUGUCACCUCCCCUGACCCACAGCAGGUGAAACUAAGGCAUCAUGACUUCCUACUGAGCCGGGUCCUGGAACUUCUACCUCAUGGCAUACAGUUUGAAAAGGAAGUGCUCAUCCGGAUGCCAUAUAUUCCUCCUCAGUCUGACUGCCAAAGGGAGGUCGUCAUCCGGACAUUUAGUGAGAGCUGGAGUGAUGUGGAUACCAAGGUGUUCGAGUCACAAUAUAUAGCCUGCUGCAGUGUGCUCCAUUUCUCCUGGUUCCUUGUCAUUUCUCGACUGACGGAGAAUAACUGUACCAUCCCCCUUGAGGGAACUCGACUGUUUUCUUCUGUGGAUCCCAACAUAAAGGUGACCUUCCCACCUGGGGCAGUAAAUGAGUCUCGCAAAGUGAAAAUGCAGGUGUUACCAGUUGCUGUAGAGGAGUUACACAAGCUCCUAAAUGAUCAAGAUUCUGCAGCAAGUGCUUUGCUCUGUUUGUCACAGAAUACAACCGACAACUUCCUGAAACCAGUCAAGAUUCAGCUUCCAUUACCCAGUGGGAUCACAGGUUCAAAUUUGGACCGCUCCAAAUUACACUUACUUCAUGGAGAUCCAGAAGUCCAGGACUGGAUGGACAUUACUAAUCAGGUGGUGCUGGAAUUCACUCACUUGUAUGCUCUUUUUGAAGUUAACCAUUUCUCGUGGUACUGGUUGUGGUACACAACUAAGACAUAUGUCGGUGGUAUUGCUAAAAAAGUGUACGAACGCUUACGGAAGUGGCAGGUCAAUUUUUUGGCGCUGCAGAGAAAGAAGGACCCAGAGCAAAUUUUCCUGCAGUGUGUUCCCAAACACAAGGUUGAAUCUGUAUGCAAGAAACUGGAGCUCCGGUAUUGUGGUCCUGAGCCAUCUGAUAUGGUCGAAAUGUUGGAAGGGGAAGAGUUUUUUGCUGGAUUUGAAAAAGGGAUUGAAAUAGAGUCAGAUCGGCCAGACUGUGUAGAUGGGAGGAUUGUGUUCAUUUUUUACUCGCAUCUGAAGAACAGUAAGGAAGUUUAUGUCUCUACUGCAGCAGACAGGAAAACAAAAGCUGUGAAAGGACAGGUUUCCUUUUACAGAGGAUCCUUGCCAAAAAAUAUACCCGAGGAAGCUGCUAAGAAGCGAAAAGGCCCAGAUUCAAUGUGGCUGGCCACUUUGCCAAUCAAAUUGCCAAAGCAGAAAUCAAGGCUUCAUAAUGAGUCAAGAAUGGAAUCAUCCUAUCCUCCAUUAAAUCUAGGUGAUGAAGAAACUGGCUACCUCACUGAAGCUAAUCUUUUGAGUAUCGCAAGAAGAAUUGGGCCGGAAUGGCAGAAUAUUGGUAUAAAUCUCGGUUUAUCCUAUUCGCAAUUGGAAAGAAUAGGACAUAGUAAUAGGGGCGACCUGGACAAGCAAAUUUUAGAGAUGCUCUUUAAGUGGGCGCACUGCAACGUGAGUGUACCAGGCUGCAUCAGUCAACUAAUUCAGGCAAUGAAGGAGAGUGAUCGUGAAGAUAUUGCUGAAGAAAUACAUUGUAUUAUUGAACUGGGCAGGAAGAAAUAUCAUGAUUCCAUUCGCCGAGUAGGACUGAGCCAAGAAAGCAGCAACGAAGAUUCAGCUAUAGCAAUGGUAUAACCUGGAAAACAUUGCUCCAGUAGACAGUGCAUAUGAACCUUUGAGGUGGUGCUUGAGGGCAGGGAGGUUUUUAUUUAUUUAUUCUUUCACAAGAUAUGGCAUUGCUGGCGAGGCCAGCAUUUAUUGCCCAUCCCUAAUUGCCCUUGAGAAGUUGGUGGUGAGCUGCCUUCUUGAACUGCUAUAGUCCAUGUGGUGUAAGAACACCCAUAGUGCUGAUAGGAAGAGAGUUCCCGGAUUCUAUUUUAGACGUCAAUUUUUGCUGGCAAGAGGUGUCAUGGGGGACAGUGAACUCUUGGCAACAUUGUAUGGGAAAUGGUACACUGUAUGCAACUUCAGCAGAGCUCAUUCUACAUAAAUACCAAGAAUCACCGUGGUUGUGUUUUGCAGAGAAAUAUGGGGAAGGCCAACAAGAUUUGACGAUAGUACCAGUCAAUUUGCACUGAUGUGUGAUUUAGUUUGGUUUCAGCCACAGUGAUGUGCAAUUUUAUUCCAUGGAUGUUACCCAGAAUAGCAUACCUUGAACUUACUUUAAAAUGUUUAAUGAACUUCUUUACUCCUUAAGGUGAGGAAUGUCUGCAGUGCACCUUGGAAUUUUACCGCAUUGAACUAGCUAUUCAACUCAUUAAAUCUGCACUAGUGUUUUCUUCCACCUGAGCCACCUAGUCUAACCUCACCCUGCUACUAUUUCCUCUUGCACUUUAAAUCUGGAAAAUGGGGGUCUUUGCCACUUAGACACAUAGGAUCCUGGUAUCACCGAGCCUCACCAUGGGUCAACAUGGAUUGGAAUUCUGGUGCACCACCCAGCUGUGUGUGCCACCCCAUCUGGUAUGAAUGAAAAAAACAGGACAAGAGUGGUGGGCCUGCAUUGACAGCCAUUCUCUGCUUCCUUACAAAGGAAUUACAUUAAUGAGUUUCCAUGCUAAAAUUUGAGUUGUUUAGAUGAUAUACAUCCCUACUGUUUACUUGGCCCAUGUAAAGUAAAUGAAUUAGUAAACGUGGUCUGGUGUAGUUGGAUUCUUAAAAGGUACUCGAGCACAAUUCUGUAACCUCGUGGCCCGGCAUACCCCCCACUCUACCAUUAC